AUGACUGAUCAACAGCGCGAUGUCUCGCAGUACAAGUACUCGGCGAUGUCCAACCUGGUCCUCCAGGCGGACCGUCGAUUCGUUACUCGGCGCAACGAUGAAGUCACAGGAGACCCCGAAUCACUUGCUGGGCGGUUGAGUAUUCGGGAUAUGGGCUCUCGAAAUGCUCGCGACAACGCGCCAAAGCAGAAAAAGAAGGUUUCAGGACUGCCUGAUGUGGAAAGGGGAGGUCUACAAGAGGGGCAGGACGUGCUGGAGCGUGAACAGCGAAAACGAAAACGUGGCGAGCCUUCGCAGCUUCGAGGAACUGGCAUCCUCUCUGCUGCAGAUGCCUUAGUGGAGGGUAUCGUCUACCGUCCGCGGACAUCAGCAACUCGCGCGACAUAUGACUUGAUUCUGACAACCGUCGCAAACAAGCUCGGAGACGUCUCCCAUGAAAUUGUGCGGAGCGCAGCAGACGCUGUACUGGAAUACCUCAAGGACGACGAUCUGAAGGAUUUGGACAAAAAAAAAGAGAUCGACGACUUGCUCGGUGCAACGCUUUCACCCAAGGAAUUUAACGAGCUUGUCAACCUGGGCAAGAAGAUCACGGAUUACGAGGCGCAAGACGAGGAUGAGGUGAUGGGAGACGGAGAGAAUGGCGCUGAAGAUGGGGCCGAGAUUGAUGAUCGCCAGGGAGUUGCGGUGGUUUUUGAUGACAUUUCAGAAGACGAGGACGGACAAGAAAUGGUCAACGAAAUUCGCGACGAGUCCUCCGAAGACGAAGACGAGGGCGACGCCGAAGAUCGGCCCGGUGCAGAAGAGAGCGCGACUGCCGGGGGCGCUGCUCAAGAUCGGGAUGAAGAAUCACACGAGCUUCAGGAAGAAGACGCGAUGAUUAUCGAUUCUCUAGCAGGCGACAGUGCCAGCAAACAAGGCAAAGACAAGAGCUUUAUUCCUGCUCGCGAUAUCGACGCGUAUUGGCUUCAAAGACAAAUUGGUGCCAUCUACGCGGAUGCCCAUACUCAACAGGUCAAAACCCAGGAUGCUCUUAAAACAUUGUCAGGUGCUCCUGACGAGGAAGGUGGAGAGGAAAAGCAAUUGCGAGAGAUUGAAAACGAUCUUGCGGAGCUGUUCGACUGGGAGCAUCACGAACUGGUACAUAAACUCAUUGCCAACCGUGACAAAGUUGUUUGGCUUACACGAUUAGCUCGAGCUGAGGAUGAAGAGUCUCGUGGUGUUAUUGAGCGAGAAAUUGCCUCUGGAGGCCUGCUGUGGAUUCUGGAUGAACUUCGAGGCAUAACCAAAUCUAGUGAUACUUCACAACAGCGAAAGCUAGAAAUCAAGAUGGACAUUGACGUUCCUGCUUCAUUAAUAAGCGGAUCUACGAAACCAGAGCCAACUGGCGAUGAUGGACUGGUCGGUGGUCUACAACCUCGAAAACUGAUCAAUCUCGAAAAUUUGGUUUUUGACCAAGGGAACCACCUCAUGACCAACCCGAAGGUCAAGCUCCCAGAAGGUUCAACAAAACGUACUUUCAAAGGCUACGAGGAAAUCCAUGUACCAGCUCCGAAGAAGCGCAACGAUCCUGGGGACCGCGAUAUCCCGGUUACUGAAAUGCCAGAGUGGGCUCGAGUUCCCUUCAGUACAGCGGCGAAACUGAACAAAAUUCAGUCUAAAUGUUUCCCACAAGCUUUCAAUGAUGACGGAAAUAUGUUGAUUUGUGCUCCUACGGGAAGUGGAAAGACCAACGUUGGUAUGCUGACUAUUCUCCGAGAGAUUGGCAAGAAUAGAAAUCCCGAGACUGGCGAAAUCAACCUCGAUGCUUUCAAGAUUGUUUACAUUGCCCCGCUGAAGGCUCUUGUCCAAGAGCAAGUUGGAAACUUUGGUGGAAGACUGAAGGAAUAUGGUAUCACAGUUUCUGAGCUUACAGGCGAUCGACAACUCACGAAGCAACAGAUUGCGGAUACCCAAAUUAUUGUAACGACCCCGGAGAAAUGGGAUGUCAUUACAAGAAAGGCCACCGAUCUCAGCUACACCAAUUUGGUUAGGCUGAUCAUCAUUGACGAAAUCCAUCUUUUGCACGACGACCGUGGACCUGUGUUGGAGAGCAUUGUUAGCAGGACGAUUAGAAAGAUGGAGCAAACAGGUGACCCAGUCCGUCUGGUCGGUCUUUCUGCUACCCUACCCAACUACCGCGAUGUUGCUAGCUUCCUUCGUGUUGAUCCAUUAAAAGGCAUGUUCCAUUUUGAUGGUUCAUUCCGUCCUUGUCCACUUCGCCAAGAGUUCAUUGGCAUCACUGAGAAGAAGGCCAUCAAGCAGUUAAAGACCAUGAACGACAUUACAUACACGAAGGUUCUCGAGCACGUAGGCACCAAUCGUAACCAGAUGAUCAUUUUCGUGCACUCUCGAAAAGAGACUGCGAAAACUGCCAGAUACAUCAGAGAUAAGGCUCUGGAAAUGGAGACUAUCGGUCAAAUUCUCCGAAGUGAUGCUGGCAGCACAGAAGCACUCAAUACCGAAGCCGAAUCCGUCAACGACAGAGAUUUGAAGGAUAUUCUUCCCUAUGGAUUUGGUAUUCAUCAUGCCGGAAUGAGUAGACCAGAUCGCACGUCUGUGGAAGAUCUUUUCAACGACGGUUUGAUCCAAGUGCUUGUUUGUACUGCUACUUUGGCAUGGGGUGUGAACUUACCAGCGCAUACUGUCAUAAUCAAAGGCACGCAAGUCUACUCUCCCGAGAAGGGUAGCUGGGUCGAGCUCAGUCCACAAGACGUCCUCCAAAUGCUUGGUCGAGCUGGUCGACCUCAGUACGAUACAUAUGGAGAAGGCAUCAUCAUCACAACUCAAUCUGAAAUGCAAUACUACCUGUCUCUGUUGAACCAGCAACUUCCCAUCGAAAGUCAAUUCGUUAGCAAGCUAGCUGACAACCUUAACGCCGAGAUUGUUCUCGGCAACGUGCGAAGCCGUGAUGAAGGUGUUGAGUGGCUUGGAUAUACCUAUCUCUUCGUUCGAAUGUUACGAUCGCCGGGUCUGUACAGUGUAGGCGCUGACUAUGAAGAAGACAACGCCCUCGAGCAGAAGCGUGUCGACCUCAUUCAUUCCGCUGCUGCUGUUCUCGAAAAGUCAAACCUGGUUAAAUACGACAAGAAGACUGGCAAGCUACAGCCAACUGAACUUGGACGAAUUGCCUCUCAUUACUACAUCACCCACAGCUCGAUGCUCACCUACAAUCACCAUAUUCAGCCAUCGAUUACCCCAAUCGAGUUAUUCCGCGUGUUUGCUUUGAGUGACGAAUUCAAGUACAUUCCCGUUCGUCAAGAUGAAAAGUUGGAGCUGGCUAAGCUGCUAGGACGGGUACCAAUUCCUGUCAAGGAAAGCAUUGAGGAGCCUCACGCCAAGAUCAAUGUUCUCUUGCAAGCAUUUAUAUCCCGUCUCAAGCUUGAGGGUCUGGCUCUGAUGGCUGAUCUGGUCUACGUCACUCAGUCAGCUGGACGUAUUCUUAGGGCCAUCUUCGAAAUAACGCUCAAAAAGGGGUGGUCUUCUGUCGCCAAGACAGCACUGGAGCUUUGCAAAAUGGCCGAGAAGAGAAUGUGGCCAACCAUGAGUCCUCUGCGCCAAUUCCCUAGCUGCUCGAGAGAUAUAAUCCACAAGGCAGAGAGGAUCGCCGUGCCGUGGGCGAGCUAUUUCGAUCUUGAUCCACCUCGUAUGGGCGAACUUCUUGGUUUGCCAAAGGCUGGUAGAACAGUUUGCAAUCUUGUUUCGAAAUUUCCUCGUGUCGAGGUCCAGGCUCAGGUACAGCCCAUGACAAGAUCAAUGCUUAGGGUAGAACUCACAAUAACCCCGAACUUUGAGUGGGACGAUGAGGUUCACGGAACCGCAGAGAGCUUUUGGAUCAUCGCGGAAGACUGCGACGGAGAAGACAUCUUGUUCCACGAUCAAUUCAUCCUUCGCAAAGACUUUGCCCAGGCCGAAGCCAAUGAGCACGUAGUCGACUUCACGGUACCGAUCACGGAGCCUAUGCCGCCUAAUUAUUUUGUAACCGUCGUCUCCGACAGAUGGAUGCACUCAGAGACGAAGCUUGCUGUCUCUUUCCAGAAGUUGAUUCUACCAGAGAAGUUCCCUCCCCACACUCAGCUCUUAGACUUGCAGCCUUUGCCAGUCGCUGCUUUGAAGACCGACGAUUUCCGGGCUCUAUAUCCCAACUGGGAGCGCUUCAACAAGAUCCAAACUCAAACCUUUAACUCACUGUAUUCUACGGAUGAGAAUGUAUUUGUUGGAGCCCCUGCGGGAAGCGGCAAGACUGUAUGUGCGGAAUUUGCAUUGCUUCGCCACUGGUCAAAGCCUGAGGCAGGUGCGGCUGUCUAUGUCGCACCUUUUCAAGAGCUUGUUGACCUCCGAUAUCAAGACUGGCAACAACGAUUUUCAAAGCUCCGUGGUGGUAAGGAGAUCAUCAAGUUGACUGGGGAAACCACAGCCGAUUUGAAGCUCCUGCAAAGAGGUGAUUUGGUUCUGGGCACACCUGCGCAAUGGGAUAUUCUUUCUCGCCAAUGGCAACGCCGUAAGAAGGUGCAAGAUGUUCAGCUCUUUAUCGCCGAUGAACUCCAUAUGCUCGGAGGACAAUCUGGAUUUGUGUAUGAGAUUAUUGUUUCGCGGAUGAACUACAUCCGCUCUCAAACCGAAGCCCCUCUUCGCAUCAUAGGAUUGAGUGUAUCUCUUUCUAACGCCAGAGACAUCGGCGAGUGGAUUGAUGCUAAGAAGCACAACAUUUAUAACUUCAGUCCGCAUGUGCGGUCUGUUCCUCUCGAGCUUCACAUCCAGUCCUUCACAGUACCACACUUUCCAUCCCUCAUGCUUGCUAUGGCCAAGCCAACCUAUGCCUCGAUCCUACAAAUGUCUGCAGAAAAACCAGCAAUUGUUUUUGUCCCCACCAGAAAACAAGCUAGGUCAACAACUAGAGAUCUGUUAUCAGCCUGUGUAGCUAGCGAUGACGAGGAUCGUUUCUUGCAUGUCGACGUAGAGCAGAUCAAGCCACUUCUUGAACGGAUUGGAGAGGAAGCACUCGCUGAGGCACUAUCUCAUGGCAUUGGCUAUUAUCACGAAGCUCUGAGCACGAACGACAAACGUAUCGUGAAGCAUCUUUAUGACAGAGGCGCUAUCCAAGUCUUGGUGGCAUCCCGAGACGUAUGCUGGGAACUUGACAGUACCGCCCACCUGGUGAUUGUCAUGGGAACUCAGUAUUACGAAGGUAGAGAGCACCGUUACGUGGACUAUCCGCUUAGUGAAGUCCUUCAAAUGUUCGGAAAGGCUUCGCGUCCGCUGGAAGACAAGCUUAGCAGAGGUGUGUUAAUGGUACCCGCUGUCAAGCGCGAAUAUUACAAGAAGUUCCUGAACGAGGCUCUCCCAAUUGAAAGCCAUCUUCAGGUGUACUUGCACGAUGCUUUCGUCUCGGAGAUCAGCACCAAGAUGAUCGAAUCUGCUGAGGACGCUAUCAACUGGGCCACAUUUACAUAUUUCUACCGACGACUCCUAGCAAACCCAAGUUACUACAGUUUGGCAGACACGUCCCACGAAGGCCUCAGUGCACAUUUGUCUGAGCUUGUAGAAACCACCUUGAAGGAUCUUGCAGAGACCAAAAUCAUCGACCUCGAUGAGGAGGACGAUUCAGUGACGCCACUGAAUGCAGCCAUGAUUGCUGCAUAUUACAACAUCUCAUACAUCACUAUGCAGACGUUCUUGCUGUCGCUGAGCAGCCGGACAAAGUUGAAAGGUAUUCUUGAGAUUGUUACUUCUGCAACUGAGUUCGAGUCCAUUCAAAUCAGACGACACGAAGACAGUCUCCUCCGCAGAAUUUACGACCGAGUUCCAGUCAAGAUGGCACAACCGAGCUUUGAUUCCCCACAUUUCAAGGCUUUCGUACUCAUGCAGGCUCAUUUCUCAAGGAUGCAGCUACCUAUCGACCUAGUGAAGGACCAGGAGAUCAUAUUAACCAAGGUGUUGGGCUUACUCAGUGCUACUGUUGAUGUUCUUUCUUCAGAUGGCCACAUAAACGCUAUGAAUGCCAUGGAAAUGUCACAGAUGGUCGUGCAGGGCAUGUGGGACCGCGAUAGUCCAUUGAAGCAAAUUCCACACUUCACACCGGAAGUUAUCAAGGCUGCCAAUGCAAAUGGUGUCAAUGACAUAUUCGAGUUCAUGGAAGCUAUGGACCCUUCAGAGAAUCCCAACUAUGAGGCCCUAGUAAAACAGCUCGGGCUUUCUCAGAGCCAACUUGGCCAGGCCGCGAAUUUCACUAACUCGAAAUACCCGAACGUCGAUCUGGAAUUCGACUUGGAGGACCCAGAAGGGCUCACCGCCGGAGAGCCGGCCUACAUCAAGGUCAAGAUCACUCGGGACGUGGACGACGAAGAUGAGUCGGCCGAGGUGGACACCACGGUGCAUGCACCUUUCUACCCCACCAAGAAGAUGGAGAACUGGUGGUUGGUGGUGGGGGAAGAGAGCUCGAAGACACUCCUCGCGAUCAAGCGUAUUACGAUAGGCAGGUCGCUGACCCUGAAGCUCGAAUACACGGUACCCACACCAGGCAAGCACGACUUGAAGCUGUUUUUGAUGAGUGACAGCUACGUGGGUGUAGACCAGGAUCCCAAUUUCUCGGUAGAUGUCGCCGAGGGCAUGGACGAGGACGAGGAUGAAGAUGAAGAGAGCGCUGAAUAA